UUGCCCUCCCCUUCCAUAUCAUGUGAUUCAGGUGUUCCAAUCCCAUCCAUAUCAUGUGAUUCAGGUGUUCCAAUCCCAUCCAUAUCAUGUGAUUCAGGUGUUCCAAUCCCCUCCCAAUCAUGUGAUUCAGGUGUUCCAAUCCCAUCCAUAUCAUGUGAUUCAGGUGUUCCAAUCCCAUCCAUAUCAUGUGAUUCAGGUGUUCCAAUCCCCUCCCAAUCAUGUGAUUCAGGUGUUCCAAUCCCAUCCAUAUCAUGUGAUUCAGGUGUUCCAAUCCCCUCCAUAUCAUGUGAUUCAGGUGUUCCAAUCCCCUCCAUAUCAUGUGAUUCAGGUGUUCCAAUCCCCUCCAUAUCAUGUGAUUCAGGUGUUCCAAUCCCCUCCAUAUCAUGUGAUUCAGGUGUUCCAAUCCCCUCCAUAUCAUGUGAUUCAGGUGUUCCAAUCCCCUCCCAAUCAUGUGACUCAGGUGUUCCAAUCCCCUCCAUAUCAUGUGAUUCAGGUGUUCCAAUCCCCUCCAUAUCAUGUGAUUCAGGUGUUCCAAUCCCCUCCAUAUCAUGUAAUUCAGGUGUUCCAAUCCCCUCCAUAUCAUGUGAUUCAGGUGUUCCAAUCCCCUCCAUGUCAUGUGAUUCAGGUGUUCCAAUCCCUUCCAAUCAUGUGAUUCAGUGUGUUCCAAUC